GCACGCACGCGCAUGCACAGUCAUGACUCAAGCUUCUGCCUGCCUUGAGGGUAACCUCAGCAUUUCCUUCCAGCCCCGCUUUCCCCGAGCCGCGGCUGGCAGCAUUUUGAAAGUGUUUUCUGGAGAAAAGCUGAGCAAUGGUUUUGCCAUGGGCGGGCCUUUGAUCUUCUCCUCACGCUGGCCCUUUAUAUAUCACCGGGUGGCCAUGGCGAACCCAUCAAGCUCCAGAGGCCACGAGCAAAGCAGGUUUUACUCACGCUCUCACCGUCGUCAUGACCUUCCACACAGGACCCACGAAGCCUGCCCUGGUGCUGCUCUGCUGCAUAGGAACCUGGCUGGUCAUCUGCAACCCAUCCUUUGGUGUACCAACAGCAAAGAUCAGGCCCAUACUUAUACACUUGAAACUGGACUCAGAGAAGCUUUAUGAAAACUAUAGCAAAUGCCAGGCGGGUGGGAUGCAAACAAACGAGUCUCUCCAGCUGCCAUGUUUCACCCUGGGCUGCGGAGCGUCAGCCAACAUCUCAACCAUCCAAGCCUACCUGGAGGAGGUCGAAAGGUUGAACGAGAACACUACAAGCACGGCGCACGUCAGAAAACGACUCAACGACAUCAGAUGUUCCAACACCGGGUGUCCCAACCCACGGAAACCAAGCAUUUCUGGGCCUAAAGACCCCUAUAAAAUUAAGAGCUUUACACUGACUGUCUUUAAGAGGCUCUCAGACUGCAUGGCAAAUUUGAAGGCUAAGGACAGCAUAUGCUGAGUGAUGGGGUAGAGAGAGCUCUAGGGAAGAAUCCUAGCGUCCUCAGCAGUACCUGUCCUGGGAGGGCUGGCCUUGCAAUGUAGGAAUUAACUUGAAGGAGACGGCGCCAUUGUGACAAGCUUUGUUAUUUAUGACGUCUUUAUUCUGUCCACCGAAACCUUAGUCUUCUACCCUUGCGGGGGCUGGA